GCUUUGAGUCGUUCUUCACACAGAACGGCGCGUGCCCGCGGAAGCUUACCUGUGAAGACUUGCGGAGGAAGAGACACGACUUACCUGUCUCUCUCUCUCUCUCCUCCCUCCCUCUCUCUCUCUCUCUCUCUCUCUCUCUCCCCCUCCCUCUCUCCCUCCCUCUCUCUCUCUCAGGAGGAGGAAUCUGAAAAGUGGAACAUGUCGGCAAACGAGAGAGCCACGCGCGCGCUGCGGGAGAUCCUCCUGCAGCCCGGGAACGACGCGUGUGCGGACUGCGGCGCUCCCGACCCCAUGUGGGGCUCCUGCUCUCUGGGCGUCUUCAUCUGCCUCGCCUGCUCCGGGAUCCACCGCAACCUCCCCGACGUCAGCAAGGUCAAGUCCCUGAGCCUGUCCCACUGGGAGGACCAGGAGGUGCAGUUCAUGAGUCAGCGCGGCAACCGGCUGAUGAGGAGCCACUACGAGGCGGCGGUCCCCGUCUACUACUACAAGCCCACCCACAGGGACUGCCAGACCUUGAGGGAGCAGUGGAUUAGAGCAAAGUACGAGAGGAAGGAGUUCUCUGAGCCCGGCAAGACCUUCACGUAUGAGGAAGGAACUAGAGACGGCAUGUUGAUGAAAAGGGGGCGGGACAACGGGCAGUUCCUCAGCAGGCGAUUCGUCCUCUCGGAGUGGGAGGGGACCCUGAAGUACUUCACCAAAUAUGACGCCAAGGAGCCCAAGGCGGUGAUCAAGGUGGACACCAUCAACGCCACCUUCCAGCCGGAGAAGGUGGGGAACCCCAACAGCCUCCAGAUCACGUACCUGAAGGACUACAGCACGCGCAACAUCUUCGUGUACCACGACAACGGCAAGGAGAUCGUCGACUGGUUCAAUACGAUUCGUGCAGUUCAGCUUCACUAUUUAAAGGUGGCCUUUCCUGGAGCCACGGACGCUGAGCUGGUACCUAAACUUACGCGGAACUUUCUGAAAGAAGGAUACAUGGAGAAGACUGGACCCCGGCAGACGGAAGGCUUCAAGAAGCGCUGGUUCACUCUGGACCAGAGGAGACUCAUGUACUUCAAGCUCCCUCUGGACGCCUUCGCCAAAGGGGAGGCGUUCCUAGGCAACAAGGACCACGGCUACAGCGCCGCCGCCGGCCUGCCCGCCGCCGCCCACUGCAACGGCAACUGGCAGCACGGCAUCACCAUCAAGACGCCGGAGCGCAGCUUCCUGUUGACCUGCGAGACGGAGAGCGACCAGCAGGACUGGCUGAAGCACUUCAACGCCGUCAUGGACGCCGUGAUGUCGCCUCAGGAGUACACCAUGGAAGCUCUGUUCAAGCACCGGCAUUGAUGCACCCAGAGGGACCGCCCCCUUGUCCCUCUCAGCCAAUCACAGGAGCACACCACUGCACCAGAGCCUGACCUUCACCACCAGGACCUGACCUUCACCACCAGAGCCUGACCUUCACCACCAGAGCCUGACCUUCACCACCAGAGCCUGACCUUCACCACCAGGACCUGACCUUCACCACCAGAGCCUGACCUUCACCACCAGAGCCUGACCUUCACCACCAGAGCCUGACCUUCACCACCAGAGCCUGACCUUCACCACCAGGACCUGACCUUCACCACCAGAGCCUGACCUUCACCACCAGGACCUGACCUUCACCACCAGAACCUGACCUUCACCACCAGGACCUGACCUUCAGCACCAGAACCUGACCUUCACCACCAGAACCUGACCUUCAGCACCAGAGCCUGAUCUUCACCACCAGAGCCUGACCUUCACCACCAGAACCUGACCUUCAGCACCAGAGCCUGACCUUCACCACCAGAGCCUGACCUUCACCACCAGAGCCUGACCUUCACCACCAGGACCUGACCUUCAGCACCAGAGCCUGACCUUCACCACCAGAACCUGACCUUCAGCACCAGAGCCUGAUCUUCACCACCAGAGCCUGACCUUCACCACCAGGACCUGACCUUCAGCACCAGAACCUGACCUUCACCACCAGAACCUGACCUUCAGCACCAGAGCCUGAUCUUCACCACCAGAGCCUGACCUUCACCACCAGAGCCUGACCUUCACCACCAGAGCCUGACCUUCACCACCAGAGCCUGACCUUCACCACCAGAGCCUGACCUUCACCACCAGAGCCUGACCUUCACCACCAGGACCUGACCUUCAGCACCAGAGCCUGACCUUCACCACCAGAGCCUGACCUUCACCACCAGAGCCUGACCUUCACCACCAGGACCUGACCUUCAGCACCAGAACCUGACCUUCAGCACCAGAGCCUGAUCUUCACCACCAGAGCCUGACCUUCACCACCAGAACCUGACCUUCAGCACCAGAGCCUGACCUUCACCACCAGAGCCUGACCUUCACCACCAGGACCUGACCUUCAGCACCAGGACCUGACCUUCACCACCAGAACCUGACCUUCAGCCCCCUGACCUUCAGCACUAGGACUCUGUGUGGGGUUGAAACAUUGUGGAGGACUCUGAACCCUCCGGAGCUCAGGAUGUGCAGUGAGGGUUCUACGGGUUCUACGGGUUCUACGGGUUUAUUCUGGGGACAUCGUUGAUGUUCUCCUGUCCUGGAGAAGAAACGGGCCGGUUUGAUUAUUCUCUAUGUUAUAAAAUAAUCAGCGUGAGAUUUAACCUUUUAUCUUAAGUUGUGUCGGAUGUGAGGCGAAGCUGAGAACACGAGAAGUUUCAGAGUAAAUCCUCUUCCUCACUAAA